AUGGAUAUCAACACGGACAAGACAUUUCCAGCGGGUGAAAUUCCGGAGAAGACGCCCAAUGAGUUCGCCAGACAAGCCAGUAUUGCCACAAAUGCCUCGCUCGACCAGGCAUUGGGUGAACUCGAUAUAUCAACCAAGGAUGCGGACGAAGCAUUCACGUACCUGAAAGAUCACCCGAAUGCCGAUGGAGUGCGUCAAGAGGCCAUUGCCAUAUUGUCGGACCCGAAAGCAACCAAGCGGCUACUGCGCAAGAUUGAUCUUCAAAUAGUGCCAUGCAUGAUUGCCGUGUACUUCCUACAAUACCUCGAUAAAACCACGAUUUCCUAUACGGCUGUUAUGGGACUUCGUGAGGACACUCAUUUGCAUGGUCAAGACUAUUCGAACAUUGCCAUGAUGUUUUAUAUCGGCUUCCUCGCUGCAGAGUUUCCAACGCAAUACUUGGCGCAACGCAUCAGUCGGCUCGGAAAGUAUCUCGGCGCAAAUGUGAUGCUCUGGGGAGUCGUCCUGGCGUCAAUGGCCGCUUGUACAUCCUACGCCGGGCUGAUGAUCACCAGAGUGCUUUUGGGAAUUUUUGAGGCUCCCGUUGCACCAAUCCUGGUCUUGAUCAUUGCCAUGUGGUACAAAAAGGAAGAGCAGGGCAGACGAGUCAGCUACUUUUACGUCUGCAACUCGAUUACACAGAUCUUCGGAGGUGGAGUGGCCUAUGGCGCCAGCUUUUCCAAGACGGGAUUUGCCAGCUGGCGCAUCUUCUUCUUGAUCAUUGGCUUGAUGACCAUCCUAUUGGGUUUCCUGGUCUUCAUGUUCCUGCCCGACUCGCCGGUCAAAGCCGUCCGUUUCACCGAUGCAGAGAAGAUUGCUGCCUUGUUGCGGGUCAAGGAAAACCAGUCAGGCACUCAGAACGCGACUCUCAAGAAGGCACAGGUGAUUGAGUCGUUGAAGGAUGUCCGAGUUUGGCUCGUAUUCCUCUCAGUGCUUCUCACGUCAAUUCCCAAUGGCGGCCUCUCAAACUUCUCCUCGAUCCUGCUUACCACGUUUGGCUACAGCAGCCAACAGGCUCUUGUCUUGAAUAUGCCCGCUGGCGCGGUAGGGAUUUUUGUCGUCCUCCUCUCCGGCUAUCUCUCGGACCGCUGGAACGAUCGUUCACUUGUCAUGCUCAUUUGCCUCAUUCCAACGAUCAUUGCGGCGGGGCUGAUGUACGGGCUUGAUCCGGAGGGCAUUCCCAAGAACAAGGGCGUGCUGUUGUUCGCUUCCUACUUAAGUGGCACAUUUGGUGCUGCUUUCAUGCUCCUUCUAGCUUGGAACGCUAGCAAUCUCGCCGGGCACAGCAAGAAGGUCACCGUCAAUGCCUUGACUCUGGUCGGCUUCUGCUUAGGCAACAUCCUGGGCACUCAAACUUUCCAGCAGAGUGAGGCUCCGGGCUACAAGAGCGGGAAGAUUGCAAUCGUGGCAUGCCUAACGGCGCAAGUUUGUGUAUGCUUUGUUCUGAGAUUCUGCAAUGACCGUCUCAACAAGAAAAACAAGCAGACACUUCAGGGCAUGAGUGAGGAGGAGAAGGCAUUGGCACGUGAGAAGCUGGCGUACAGUGACGAGACGGACUUGCGCAACCCGUUCUUCGUGUACACUCAUUAA